AUGGCAUUGGCAAAGUCGUUGGCCUCAUCCUCACACAUACAUAAACAUCCGAUCAACGAUACAUUGUUGACAUGUGCUGCCAAGUACAAUAACAAAGAGGCAAUAUAUCAUUUAUUAUUAACAAACGAUAACAAUAUGAUCGUUGGAUAUUGGAAUCCCAUGGACAAGUUAUUGGAGCCCAUCAUAGAGCAUGCCAAUGUAGACCUACUCCUUAGAUACUUUGACAUUGCCGGACCUCUGUCCCCAACUACACUGAAGCUCCUUCCAUUCGCCAUUGAAACGGACAAUCUACAGUUUGUUAGAUUGCUACUCAAUAACAUCGUACUGGACCCUUCCAACUACACCGACCCCCAACUAUCAAUGUCAUUCAAAGGACGGCAUGGCAUCAGUGUAGACAUGCUCCGUGUCCUACACAAGGAGUUCGACAUGCUGUUCCCCAUCAAGCCAUUGUGCGAAUCGAUCCUGCUACACGCAGUUAGCUGCAACCAGUUUGAAAGUGUCAAGUAUUUGCUCAACAAUUGGCCCUCACUCUCCAAUUUAAGCUCAUAUGAUCUACCUCCCUCAUUCGGACAAUCGAUGCGUCAAUGUUGCUCGAAAAGCAACGUGCCAAUGUUUGAACUGCUAUGCCAAGCAUUUCCCAACACCAAGACCCAUUAUAUAUAUUCACAAUCUUUCGCACUAGCAGUCAUAGCGGCCGCCAAGAAAGGUCCACUCUCAUUCGUCAACUACUAUAUCACCAAUCAUUUUGGGAAAGGCAUCCUAGACCAAAGCCUCGAGAACUACAUGCAGAGGGAGUUGGACAAGAUAGGCUUUGGCCCUGGCCUUGGCACUGGCACCAUUUUACUACGUGCAGCAAUACUCAACAAUGAUCUAACUAUGGUCGAGUUAUUAUUUGAUCAGAUCAAUGAUUUGGAGGAUAUCGAUUUCAAGAGACAUCCAAUCAGAGAUAUAGUGGGCGCAAUUGGCAAACCAGGAAGUUUCAUCACUCCUGAAAUAGCUUGCAAAUUCAUGGAUUGCUACAGUUCACAAGAAUAUGGUUGUAUGGAGACAAUGUCAAUAUUGUUUGGAGAGUUCAAGUUCCAGGAGGACCACGUCAACCCAAUCAAGAAAGCCGUCAAGGACCUUAUUACCAAUGCAACAUCACUGGAUCCCAUCAAGAUGGUGCUCAAUCAUUUCGAUUACAUCAGGAAUGACCCGGACAUAUGUUUGAUGGCAAUGUCCAACAAGUCAAUCAAUGUGAUUGAAUACAUCCUAGGACUGUUCAAAUUGGAUACCACUCAAAAACACGCCGUGAUCGUCGAGGCAUUCAUCAAUGACAAGAUUGUAGAGGUGAUGUCACGUCAAUCUCAUCAUCAUCAUCAUAAUCACUCAAUGCCACCACAACUACCAAUCAAUCUCCAAACGUUGAUCAUGGCAUCCAAUAGGAAUAACUAUCACUCAUUAGAGUAUUAUUUCAACUCAGAGACAUUCAACAACAUGUCCACAUUACAACAAUCAAGAAUCAUCCAACAUGUACUAUAUAAGAGUUCAUACAUACACGUGAUCAACCUAUGUCUAGCCAAGCUACAAACAAUCCAGCAACAGAUCACCCGCCCAAGAUGGCAUCGCCAUAUAUGGAGACAUUGA